AUGAACUGUUUUCAGACUGUUAUCCUCGCCCUUGCUGUUUUUGGUCUCGCACAUACCGUCGAGGCGUUUACGAGGAUUUCUGCGCCUCUUGCAAGACCAACCACAACACUUGGCCCAGUUGCUCGGAAUGGAUUGGGAUACGAAGAAAUAGAGAUUGGAACCGGAAGGAAUGUCUUUCCUGGCGACGCAGUCCUGUGUUACUAUGUUGGACAAUAUAAAACAGCAAACCUGUUGGGUGAGAAGACAGUAACUUUUGAUGAAACCUUGCCAGGUGAACCUGCCGAGUUUAUUGUUGGAAAAGGUCAGGUUAUCCCCGGAUUUGAUAUUGGUAUCUGCGGCGAUAUGACUUUGGAUAUUCCUGCAAUGAAGAUUGGAGGCGACCGCAAGCUAGUAAUCCCUUCUGCUCUUGCAUAUGGUGAAAGAGGUGCUGGAGACAGCAUUCCACCAAACACAGAUCUUGAGUUCCAAGUCUCCGUUCUCAGUGCUACUAGUAAAGAAGGUCUCAGCAAAGAUGUUCUGCUCAAGGGGUUUGCCGGACUGGGUGGAUUCCUAGUCUUUAUGGCUGGAUUUGGAUACAUAUUGUUGCAGACUGUAUUUCUGAAGCAUUAG